GUGCGCGGGCGGAAUGGGGACUGCAGCGGCGGCGGCGGCGGCGGCCGGGGAGGGGGCGCGCAGCCCGAGCCCCGCCGCGGUGUCUCUCGGCCUGGGCGUGGCCGUGGUGUCGAGCCUGGUGAACGGGUCCACGUUUGUGCUGCAGAAGAAGGGCAUCGUGCGCGCCAAGCGGCGAGGUACCUCCUAUUUGACAGACAUUGUGUGGUGGGCAGGCACGAUUGCAAUGGCUGUCGGCCAGAUUGGAAACUUCUUGGCUUACACGGCGGUCCCCACGGUCCUGGUGACUCCCCUGGGUGCCCUUGGAGUGCCGUUUGGGUCCAUUUUAGCUUCAUACCUUCUGAAGGAAAAGCUCAACAUCUUGGGCAAGUUGGGGUGUCUGCUCAGCUGUGCAGGUUCUGUCGUGUUGAUUAUCCACUCCCCGAAAUCCGAAAGCGUGACCACCCAGGCCGAGCUGGAGGAGAAGCUGACCAACCCAGUGUUUGUGGGCUACCUGUGCAUCGUGCUGCUCAUGCUGCUGCUCCUGAUCUUCUGGAUCGCGCCGGCGCACGGGCCCACCAACAUCAUGGUGUACAUCAGCAUCUGCUCGCUGCUCGGGAGCUUCACCGUGCCUUCCACCAAGGGCAUCGGCCUGGCGGCCCAGGACAUCCUGCACAACAACCCAUCCAGUCGGCGCGCCCUGUGCCUGUGCCUGGGGCUGCUGGCCGUGCUGGGCUGCAGCAUCAUCGUCCAGUUCAGGUACAUCAACAAGGCGCUCGAGUGCUUCGACUCUUCCGUGUUCGGGGCCAUCUACUACGUGGUGUUCACCACGCUGGUCCUGCUGGCCUCCGCCAUCCUCUUCCGGGAGUGGAGCAACGUGGGGCUGGUGGACUUUUUGGGCAUGGCCUGUGGGUUCACCACGGUCUCCGUCGGGAUUGUCCUGAUACAGGUGUUCAAAGAGUUCAAUUUCAACCUUGGCGAGAUGAACAAAUCGAAUAUGAAAACAGACUAGCAGGCAACAGGGUGUUGGGUGGCUCGAGGAACAGGGAGUAGAUGUGACUUGUGUCCUAACUUAAUGUGCAGUAGAGGGGAGCUUAAAUCACUGACACUUGCGUUGCUUGUACGUUAGCGGGUGGCCUGGUGGACAGUGGGGGCACCACUCAGCACUGGGGGGCCGAGCUCUGCAGUCUGAAGAUGCUAUGUGGUCGCCUGGGAGCAUCUGUCUCUGAUGAGAGCAGUCUCACGGUCAUUGCCAUUAGCCUGGAAGCUUUCACGAAUACUCUCCAUUCUAAACAUUUUAACAUUAUUUACAUAGAAAAUAAAGACGGGCUCUUUCUGGUUAGUCUUUGCAGGGGAGCAGGUAUUCUUACUUAGAAGAUUCCUUUGGAAAUAGGAGAAACUGUCUUGAAAUCUGACUCUGUACAGUAAACGUAUCUGUUGUUGUGUUCUUUGGCAGUAAGCCUGUAUAACCUCAUUCAAAUAAGAGGUAUCUACAUUUAAUUGUUUUUAAUCCUCUAAUGAGCUGACUCUCCCGCUCUAAGACGUGUUAAUUGCAAAUAGAGAAGGGUACGUGGGCAUGACGCAGUGCUCCGUUUCCAGGAGGACUUCUGAUAAUGCAAAUCAAUUUCAGUGCCUUUACCACUUGAACUAUUCACUUAAUUUGACUAUUACUGUAUGUGUGUUCUCUUAGCACAGAAUAACACAAUGUCCUUGAUUAUACUUUAAUAUUUCACUAUUCAAAAUAUAAAUGUGUAAAACAGUUAAAAAUAAUGGUAUAUUCAUUUGUUGGAAGAGAUUCAAGACUAAAGACACAUUAGAAAAACUUGACCCUAUUAGCAUAGAGUUAUUGUCCAACUAAAGACAAUGGACUUAAGUAGCAUGAGGUAUUUUAUUUGCAUUCAAUCUGUGUAACUGGGAUCCAGUAUCAAAUACGUCCACGCUCUCUUUCAGUGAACAUUGUGGCCACUGCGAAGAAAUAAAUUAUUUAACUUGAUAAUAAGACUGUUAGAUGUGAGAGUAACUAUUCAACAGCACACAUAUCGAGUUCCCCAUAACACAGCGAUAAGGGACAGCAAGUAACAUUGGAACAUACAUGGUGAGUUUCAAAAGAAUUUCUAGGGAAAAUGAAAACAUUUAAUUUAGCCAUCUCUCUGUUGUUUGAGAUGGCAGAGUACCCAACAAUUACCCAACCUCUCGUUAAACUUCUGAAAUGCAAAAUAGCCAUUAAUUAUGUCGAUAUUUGGAUGGAAGAGAUUAUCCGUCUGCUACAGUAAUCUUCCAUGUGUAUUAAAUAGGAGCAAAGCACAAAGUGAUGUGAAGAUUUCAUCAGGAUAUCACAUCCUUCAUGUGCAGUGUUUAAUCCAAACAGGGAGCUGAGCCAAGGUGAAAAGUGGGCUUGGGUAAAGUACCUUCAGUGUAGUGGAACAUGAACUUGUAUAAUCCCCAAAGUUACUCACUAAAGAAAACGUGUUUUUUCCAGCUAACAAGAACAUUUCUAAAGACCCAAGGAACGAGGAGGCUAAAUAACCCGAGGGUAGUUCACACACAGAGUGAAGAACCUUUAUGUACAUGUGAUGGUAAGGGGUUGUCAUGAUUUGUGAACUAACAGCAGCAACAAGACUAUUUUAACAAAUUUUUAAAUCUUACAUUAAUUGUUAGGUUAUAAAUGCUCAAAAAGUUCCUCACUCUUUUUAUCGGCUCUUGAAGGUUUUUUGAUCAUCAGUAUUUUUAGGAAUGUAGGCCUUAAUUUAUUGAACUGAACUUCUGAAAAUAUAAUGUAGCAGUAGCAGUAUACUUUGAGGCAUAGUUUCCUAGGUAAGGAGUUUGAGAAAAGAAAAGAAUACCGGUGGCUCUAUGAGUAUACUGAGAAAGUGUGUGUCGUGUGGAAAUUGUCAUGUUUAUUUUGUUACAGCUGACAUGUGAAACUUAGUUUAAAUGCAUUUAUUGGUGUUCCUUCCUAUAUUUUAAUUUGCAGUCAUACCACGGGCACUCAGAGCAGACAUUUUCUAGAUGAUCAUCCCUAUGAUUUUUUUUAGAGCAAAACAAAAUCUCGAAGUACUAAUAAGUCGCCUCCUCCUGGAGGUGACUGGCCCAGAACAGUAGGAUGUCCCACGGUGACAUCUGUCAGCAGUUGUCACGGGGGGACGUGCAGCAGCUCCUUGCAGUGGAACCAAGUUCAUCUCAUCCACUUACUCGAGCCUCAAAGUAAGUGACACGAGCAGCAGUCUGACAGCCUAAUUCACAAGUUUGACAGAGAGCACAGAACUUCUGAUUUCAUAGGAUUUAUUUUACAAAUCCACAUAUUCAGAAUUCAUUUCAAAUUGCAAAGUAAAAGCCUCAAAGUGAGAGUUUUAGGGGAGAGAUGGGUCUUCUAUUGGCCUCUGCAGCAGUAAAUGCGUAUGAGAUGUUUUCCUUACUAGACUAGACUUUGGUUUUGUCUCUGAUAAAACUAAGAGGGAAAUCUCUGCUGCCUACUCGCCUUCAAACCUCUAAAAGCAUGUUUGUGAUCACAGUUUGUGGAUUUACUCUGGAUAGAUACGUAAAUAGGCCUUUUCUCUCCUCUCCUACUUGGAUGUCUUGUUUUCUCAUCUGAAAAUGCACUUAGAAAGAUUGCCCACUGAUCCACUGUAGAGCCCGCUAAGGAUUCUACCCAGAACGCAGCCGCGAGGCCACCCUGCAGUUUUGCUGUUCUGCAGAGAAGGUUCUCGGGAGGCAGGGCGGCCGGCUACCUGCCACACGUGGAGCAAGAACUGCCCACAGCUGGGACCCCGGGGACAAGUCAUCACUCAGAUGUCAUCACAGCCUCUUCACUUUAGAAUGUUAGUGAAAUAUACUUCGCUGCUUUCGGUUCAGCAAUAAGAAAUACUCUCAGUUCCUACUUAUCAGGCCAAUUCAUUAUACUCAGUUUUAUUUCCAGAAGUUCAUGCCAGGAGUAGUCGGUUGGUCUUCUUUUUCUCUGGGUUUGAUGUCUGAUAGGAGAGAGCACUGUUAACUUGUGCAGGCACCCCUCCUCCUGCUCCACUCUGCAAGAGCUCCACUCUCUGUACACAUGUGCUCACCUCUGGGCCACUUCCAAGUUGGUUCUGAAACACCUGAGAUGCACUCGGUGUCUCCCAGGUGUGGAUGAGCAGCAGCUCAGUCCACAGAGACUGGGGUGGCCCUGAGUAUGGGCCCCUGCUGUGCUGGGAGGUGACACCUCUUUUCCAGGCCCCUCAGCUAACCUAGAGGAUCGGGGGAGGUGCUCCAGGCGUGCAGAGCCCCACCCUGUUCUUUCCUGAUGCAGGCUUGGCCCUGACUCAGGCUUCCUGUGACUGAGCAGGACUGAAGAGAAGCACAGUUCGGUUUAGCUCUGUUCAUGGCUGUCUGAUUGGCUCCUGUGGUCGGAAGGUGUCCUCACUGUGUUUGCCACCAAGGACGCAGUUCGCGCAUCAACCAGGACCACAUGGAUUAGAAGGAACCUUAGUGUUCUGCCUCCUCAGGGACCAAAACGUGACAUUGACUCCGUAGCAUUGACCUGCUCCCAGGAACGUGUUUGUGUUAGUUUUUUGUACGUUUCACUCAUAUUCGUAGCUAGAGGUCUGUUGAGUUGGAAAGAGGAAAGAUCAGCACAGACACCAGUCACACCAUAGAACAGUUUAUCAUAUAAAAUACCUCAGUUUUCUGCAUUCCUCACUCCCACCUCACAUUUGUACUGGUGAUGAAUUUUAAGGGUCUGCCCUUUAGCUUCUAGGUGAUUUUUCACAUCGGGCCGGAUUCUUAUACCUCCACCGUAUACUUGAAAAGGUUAAGAAUGAUAGUGAUAGAAGGAGAAUUUGGCUCAAUGUCACCACUCGCUUAUUUUCACACACAUUUCUCCCAUGCUAUUAAAUGCAACGAGUUGUAUUUUAAGAAAAUGUAACUUGAUGUUACAUCAAAAACACAUGGUCUAGUUAAAAGUUGAUGCACAGUAGAACAAGGACCAUGUAAAUAAACAUCUAUUUCAAAUGUACCCAUUGUGAUAAAAGGCAUAGUCUACGGCCCAGUGCGUGACUGGGGAGGAUUUAUUUGUUCUUUUCUCUACUUUUUCUUGUAUUGUACAACCAUAGGUGAGUCAUUUAACCCUUCUGUGCCUCAGUUUCUCUACCUCUAAAGGGGUGGGAUCGUUCUUCAGAUCGACUGUUGUAGGGUGCUCGCACCUUAGCAUGUGCCAGAAGCCUCGGGAGACUGUCAUAUGCAGGACUGCUCGGGAGUGACACAGUGGGAGCUCAGCUCUCUUUGGGUCCUGUCUGCUCAGGACCACGCUGUGGACGUGCAGCUUCAGGCACUGAAAAAGCAAAGGAAGUGCUGGGUGUAAAGUCUGCAUAAUUCCAUGAAGGUUUAAUUUUCCUUUUUUGUUGUUUUAAAAGGAAGGGUUUUAUAUAUUCUAUUGUAAAAUAUGGACGUUAAACAGGGACUUUUAAAAGCUGAACUCAAAGAUCACGUUCUGAUGGUGUGAUAAGCUUCUCUGACAUUUUGCAUAGGUUUAUGUUCUGCAGAAGAUCAGUGACCUAGACUGAUUCUGUUGCGUUGAAUUUGUAAUGAGUGAUGCUGAACUUCCUGCUUUCCAGCAGCUCAGCGCUGACCAGGAACUACUACCUGACACCAGGUGAAUGUCAGGAAUCCCAAACCACUAAUGCCAAAGGGUCACACUGAAAAGUCCAGAGUAUUUCUUUUAUUUGUCAGAAUAGAAUAAUUUGCCCCCCAACCCUCAUGUCAGUGUUUCUGCACUUUGGGAAAAUUUAAGGCUACUGUUUUUCAGCACUAUUCCUGAGUCUUUUUUGCCUUUUAAAAUAACUAUUACUUUCCUUUGAAAUGGAAUAAACCAUAAAAGAGAGGAAGAAGACUAGAUAAAAAAUAUAAAAUGUUGACAGGUUCCAUAAAAGCUUUUACACGUAAAUGUAUCAGGGGAGCUUCUAAUUAUCACACACAAACUGUCAAUGGCUAAGACUUGCUUAUAUUUUGCUGUAUAGAAGUAGUCAUAGCAUGUAAUUGCCUUAUGUAAAUAAAAAGGCUGUUUGUUAAGUUUUCCAAUAUUUAUUAAUCUGUAUGUGUUUUAAAAUAAAAUAACUUAUUUCUAGCUGAA